AUGUUAAUAGAUUGAAUAGAAAUUAUAUUACUCCACUCUUUAAGAAUGAACAAAGCCAUUGGAGAAUGCCAAUUUUUUAGGAAAUUAACCUCCUCUAAGAAUGAUUUAUAUGAAUAUUUUUCAUAAAUAUUUAUUUAUAAUUAAUGAUUUUUAUAAUGAGAUUUCAGCUAAUUCUAUAUUCAUUUUCCACUUCAAAAUAAAAUCUUAUUUUUCUUUUUGAAUACUUUGCUGAAAAAAAUUUAGAUAAGCAAAAUUAUCUUGCAAGCCCUAAAAUUGGGCGCAGAGUUAGGGUGCAUCAUUGUUAAUCUGAAUUAUAUUCUGCAGAUGAAAAUUGAAAAUCUUUAUAUUGAUGAUUUGCUUAUGCAUGAAAGUUAUAUUUACUUUGAUAGAAUUUUGGUUUCGUUUAGAAUCCAAAAAUUUUUAGACAUUUCACCAGAGCUACUUUUAUAUCAAAAUCUGAGUAUCUAA